AUGGGUGUCCUGUCGAACAGGGUUGAGAAGGAGACCUUGAAUGCAGGGGAUCACAUCUACUCGUGGAGGGCCGCGUGGGUUUACACGCAUCAUGAGUUCCUUACCCAUGCGGGAAUAUAUGUGGCCGAUGAUAAGGUGAUCCACUUUACCGCUGGAAGGGGCUGGAUAGUGGUUGGAGCUGAAAGAGUCAUUGAUCUUCUUCCUGGGAGUUAUGUCCCUUCUAGGAGAACCUCGCCAUGUUUGGUAUGCAGAAGGUACCAACUGGAAGUCACCGCCGUCACAAAUAGUAUGGCGUGCUCCUGCCUCAGUUGUUUCAUGGUAGAGGGUCAGCUCUACCGCUUCGAGUAUGGUGUCAGCAAGAGGUUUUUCUUUGCCAAGGUGAGAGGCGGGACGUGCACGCUUGCCACCGCCGAUCCCGACGAGCUGGUUGUCCGUGACAGCUACUUGUUGAGGAAUGGGUUCAGGUGGUACAACCUGAUCAAGACCAAUUGCGAGGACUUCGCGUUGUACUGCAAGACUGGUUUGAUCGUGACCCAGCCAGGUAGCACCAUGAAGAAAAUGAUCAUUGGACAGAGCGGGAGCGGGCAGGUUGUCUCCUACAUAGCUGGUACGGCUUCGAUCAUUUGUGGACUCGACCCAACGUUGUACUGUGUGUCAGCAGGGGAAAGGGUGAUCAGUUGCAAGGAGUUCCAGAGAGAAACAAAAAGAUCAAUGAGCUCUGGAGAGUUUAUGCGCUGCAAUCCUUUCAUCCAUGUGCCAUUGCUUGAAGAGGCCAGGGAAGCUGUGUUACAAAGCAAUGCCCUGAUGCCAAGGAUCUUUCCAGAAGAGUGCUUUAGCUCCAUUCCCAAGCUUGAGGAUAGUGCAAGCAUGGAAGAGGAGCAUGUCAUCCGAGCUUACAGGGAGUGGAAGGCCAUGCCAUGGCCGGUCAUCAUUGUGCCAGUCAAACCAGAGCCAACGCAAACGAAGGGCUCUGCUGAAGGAACUUAG